AUGGUCUUAAGGUCGCUGUGAAGACUUGGAAGAGCAGCUUCCAGGCUCAAUUGUAGUGCUUCUCAUCAUACCAAAUCUUUGUCCUUUCUGUCUUGUCAAGCGAGAAUGCUCUCUUUUCGACCAAUAAGAUUUUUUGUUUCGCAAUCCAAUACUAUUGAAUCACUUCAAGUAAGAGUAGCCCAGCUAGAGAAAGAGCAAGGAGAUAAUAGCUUAAGCCUAAUAAGCCUCUAUGAUCAGCUUGGAAAUGCCUUUAUAGGCAUGGGAGACCCAUAAUUAAAAUAUAGUGUCUCAGUCUGGCUAUGAAGCUUCGAGCACAUAUUUUAAUUAUAUCGGCAAGGCUUUGCAAGCCCAGUAUGCUAGGUAACUAAUCUUAAUAUGUUUAGGGUCUAGCCUUAGUUCAUUUUCAUGGGCUGGAUUUACCUCAUGGGAGAGUUGGAACGUGAAACCAUUUUGGCCUAUGGGCAACUCAGGAUCGUGAAACCAGGAGUUUACUCCCUGGGGUGCAAGCUUUUAAUUUUGCUGGCAGUCAGCCAGAAAUUCCAAUUUUUGGAAUUUUGUUCAAGCAACCUCGUCUGGCAUAUGACACGAUGACCCACCCCGCUUCACUCUCCGUAAGGCGGAGAAAAGUUAACCCCUGUCGGGGCAGCGAUAGACAGCCUAACGAAGCAAGUAAUCCGCAGAUGCUACCGGAAACUUCUCUAUAUUAACUUAAUUUAAUGGGAGACUCAAUAAUAGCAACAACAUAUUUUGAAAACGCUAUAAAAAUAAUUGAAAAACAGCAACAAAGAGAUCUCGAUAACCUUAAAACUAGAUACAUAGGUCUAGGUUUUAUGUAUAGCGAGUUCUCCCCUAUAGAUUUUUAAGAAAAAUGCCAUUCAAAGAAAAUCUUAGUUUAAAAUUCCAAUAAAAAGCUAAAAAGUCAAAAUUCAUUUUAAAAAUGUCAUUAUAUACAUCCUAUUUGUCAAUUCUAAAAUUGACUUUUCAGAUUUUACCUUAAUUUAAAAUUAUAAAAAUUUAUUUAAAAUUAAUUGUCCUCAGAGAUCUAAAUGAGGCUUUGUGCUAUAUCUAGAGAUAAAAGAUGCAGAGAAAGCUCUCAAAAUUUUUAAAAAAUUAUUACAAUUAGCCAAAGAAAUGCAAGGAGAUAAUAGUAAGGAAAUUGCUAUAGCCCUAAAUUAUUUAUCAGUGGCUCAUAAGCUUAAUAAAGACGAUGAAAAAUAUAAUGAAUGCUUACUCCGUUUAACAAAAUAUUUGCCAACUUUAAUAUAAUUGCUUUUCUAUUUAUAUCACUUUCAGUAAAGCAAAGGAGUGUCGCUGUUUAAAUAUGGGGGAGAGUUAGAUCUAGCUUUACCUUACAUGCAAAAAAAUAUUAAUAGUAAUGAUGCGCAGGUAGGUUUGUAUUUCCAGGUGCGCGGCGAGGCACUCGCUUUAAAAAAUAAAGUUAAUGAGUCAAUUGAUUGCUUAUGUACAUCUAGAAAAAUAAUUGAGCGAUCAUUUGGGCCAAUAUCAAAUGAACUUGCUGGAAUAGACAGAAAUAUGGCAUUUAUAUAUUUAAAACUUGGAAUGGUGAAUGAGUCUAUAGACGCCUUUGAGCGUGCUAUCCAUGCUUUGCAAACUUUAAAAGUUUUUGAUGAGAGUCUUAUAGAGCUUUAUAGGCAUCUAGCCUACCUUUACAAACGAAUAAAUAACCUAAAAAAAUCUAACUCCCUCUAAAUUUGAACGAAAUAUUGAUAAAGUUUCUAUUUUUGAGGUUUUUUUUUUAGUGGAAAAUUUUUAUAGGUGAAAAUAUCGUUAGUUGCUUAAAUUGCAACUUUACCACCUAAAUGUGGAAUAUUUUCUACAUGUGAAAAGAUGAUUCCAAAUGAGAAGCCCUUGUGAUUUCACAUGUGGAAAAUAUUCCCAAAUUUAGGUGAUAAAGUUGCAAUUUAAGCAACUAGCGAUACUAAGUUUUAUGAAAUUAGUUUGGCAUAAUUUAUGAGUGCAAUUAGAAUACUAUUUAAAAAGUUUUCAGACGAAUCAACUAUUUUUUGUAAUAACGCUUAAAAAUUAAAUUUUAAAUUUUUUAUAUAAAAUUAAAUUUAAAUUUUUUAUAUAAAAUUUUAAUUAUAAUUUUUUUUUUAAAAAAAAUACCCUUUCAAUUUUUAACAGAAAUUUUUAUUCGGGAGUAAAGAAACUAUAGAAGAAGGAGCAGAAGUCGUUAAAAAGACUAAAGGAGAUAAUAAACACCUUCUCGCAAUAUACUAUAAUUUUGUAGGAUAUGAUUUUAAAUUUUUAGGAGAUUUAAAAGCAAGCAAGGAAUGGCUUCAUAAGUCAUUAGAAAUAUUUGAAACCCUGGAAAUAGAAAACACAGAACAGAUGGGAAUUUGUUACCAAAACUUUUCAAUGUAUUCUUACGAUUGCAAUGAUAAUGAUAAAGCUAUAGAAUAUGCCCAAAAAGCCUUAGAAAUCAAACGAGCUACAGGAUUUAGCCCUGGCGAAAUCGCCAAUUCUAUAGCAGCACUUGGCCAAUACUACAUUUUUAAAGGGGAGUUAAGUACAGCUGAGUCUUAUUUAAUAGAAGCCAAACAGUUAUUAGAAGAUAAAAAAGUUAAGGAUGAAACUGCUUGAGACUUCUGCUUGACAGCAUUUGCGUUUUUAUACAAAGCACAAGAGAAAGAUGCAGAAGCUCUUGAAACUUUCCAAAAAGCGGUUGAAAUCAAGCGCAGGGCUUAUGGUGAGUUUCAUGGGUCUUUUUGUGAGGUUUAUUCUAGUAUAGGGGAACUCUAUGAAAAAUCAAAUAGCAUGCAUGAAGCUAUUGAAGCGUAUAAAAAAGCUAUCGAUGUAAAUAUAAAAGUAUUUGGAAGAGACGAUCUGAAAACUUAUCAAUAUCUCUGCCAAUUAGGAUCUGCUUAUAGAACUGUUAGAAAAAUUCAAGAGGCUAUGGAAGCUCAUAAUGAUGCUCUUGAGAUAGGGCUUCCUUUAUUUGGAGAAAAUCAUUUUAAUACUGGAUUUAUUUAUAGCUGCCUUGCUAAAGAUCACAGAGAUUUGCAAUAUUGGGACAAAUCAAUUCAACUCCAUAAUAAAGCAAUAAAUAUUUAUAAGCAAUGCUAUGAUAGCAAUCGAGAUUUUGAGCAAUAUUAUGGAAGUGAAUUGUAUUGUCUUGGGGAAACAUAUGAAGCGAAAGGUGAUAAUAUCAAUGCAGUGCAGAGUUACACAAAAGUGAAAGACUUCUAUAAUGACACAUAUGGAGAAAAUCAUGAGUUUGUUGCAGAAAUGCAGACGAAAAUUGAUAGUAUUAUAGCAACUUAA